AUGUCGGACGUGCAGCUUCAGUUCAGUGACCGUGUUUGGGCUCGGUCGCCUUCAGUUUCGAGUCUAAGCCCUGUGUCUCAGGCGCCCGUUAUGUCAUCAACUGAAUCGAACUCCACUCUCUCCUCGAGUUCUGACGAUCAUCAAUCCGGAGAGGACGAGGGAUCACGAAAGAAAAUUAAGGUCAAUUCACAGCCAGCAAAGACCGUGGAACAGUCUUCUAGGAAGAGAGGUCGCCCUCAGAAAGUGCAGGAUGCUCAGACACCUGCGGAGAGACGCCGGGCUCAGGUCCGUCUGGCACAGCGUGCCUACCGUUCCCGUCAAGAAGCCACCUUGUCGCAGCUGAAGAAUCGUAUCUCUGAAAUGGAAUCGGUGAUUGGGACGAUGACGGAAGCCUUUCUUGCAUUUAGCGACAGGCUCGUGCAAUCCGGCGUAUUAAAUACAUCCCCGGAUAUCGCUCAGUCCCUUAAAGAGGUGACUGCCAAGUAUGUCGCACUUUCAAGUCAGAUCAGCGAAACAGACGGAGAUGGCGCCACACCGCAAGAUAAACCAUUGUCCCAAAUCACUGCACCAGAACUGUUAUCCUCGAACUCGGCAGAGCAGGCGAGCCGGUUGUCAGACUCCGCGGUCGCUGUCAACACAGCCCCCAUGAAUGGUAACCUCGGCGACGCAGAACCUGUCGGCGCAAUGACGCCGAGCGAGAUACCAGACAUGGCUAUUGACUCCCUUUUCCCUAUUACAUCUCCAACACAUACCAGAGUCCCAUCCCCUCCCCUUAUCAGCCUACGCACACCUAUGUCGCAUCUGUACGGUCCGGAUAGCCCCUUCUUCGCCCAGCGGUUGCAUCUGGCCGCCUAUAAGGUCGCAUACCGAUAUCUGAAAGAUUCCACUAUUCCCGACUCCGCGUUACUUCAGCACUUUGGUUUCCUGAUGACUCGAUGGACCAGAUCCCAACUUAUCGCAUACUUGACCCGUUUCCUAAAGUCUUCCGGGGGAGUUGAAGUUUCCGGGAAAAAAUUCAGUCCUCCCAUGCUGAACUUGGGCGGUGCCGGGUUGCACUACCCACGGAAGCAUUCGCCUAUGAGCGACCCCAAUCUUAAUUUGCUUCCUUCGGCUGAAGUCAUCGGGACGAUGUAUGCAAAUGGGCUGAGCGUUCAAGACCUUGAAGAGCCAUGGUUUGACCCGGGAGAUGUGGAGGGGUUUUUGGAGGAGCAGGGCAUAAUUCUUUCCAACCGACAUAUGCUUCCAGAAAACCUAAAAAGUGGUAGCAAUAGGACCCAUCGUCAGGAUGGGGUUGCGAGCACAUGGCAGUCAAGCUUUCUGGAUGGUCGGCGUUCUAGCUUGGCUGUCGAUGAAGAUCAAUUGAUCAAUUGGCUGUCCUAUCACGCCAUUUGCCUAGGCCGUUCGCCAGCGUUCCGCAAACGUGACGUCGAGAGGUUCAUAUCGCAAUAUGCCUGGCCCGUCGGCACGCCUCUAAUGCCUAUUCAGGCCAUCGCAGUAGCCUAA